AUGGACCCUAAUUGUUUAAUUGUUGAAAUAAGAGACAUGAAACAUAGUCAAAUAUACCAACCAUCUCGUGUAUUGGUCUUCUCAAUCCAAAACCGAACCCAUAUCCAAGUGGAUUCCGAUAGCCAAGAGCAAGAUCUACUGACUUUUGUGUUGCCAGAUGCUGCCUGCUUCUCACAGUCUGCCCAAAGAAAGAGAAGUACAAAGAAGAAACAGAGGAAAGGAAAGUAUCUCCUUCCCCACGUGAAGAAGCAAGCAACGGUGCAAGAGUUUCCAUCUUACUGUAAUUAUGGCCGAAAAUUUAGCAUAAAAAAAGGAUUGAACCUGGAGUUCUACGCCAUAACAUCAUGGAUUUUGGGAAGUAUAAACACUACACGAGAAUUGCAAUAUUGGACAUGA